AUGGCGAACACGCAAGCCACAAAGCAAGCUCUCCUCGAGCACAAAGUCAUCCCAGACGUCCUCCCCGACACCAUCAAUCUCUCCUACAACCUAACAUUAGAAUGGACCAACGGCAAACUCGAUACGCCAGGCAAGGAACUAGCCAACGCCGACACGAAAGAAGAACCAAAAGUCUUGCUCGAUCCUCCCAGCGAAACCCUGGAUAACCUCGUGCUCAUGAUGGUAGACCCCGACCUCAUGACAAACAACGACACAUCCUUCGGCCAAGUCCGCCACUGGCUCAUCACAAACCUUUCCUGCGACUCCAACGGCACACUCUCGCACCACUCCGCCGCCAUACGCUCGCCUUACGUGCGCCCGGCUCCUCUCCCCAAUUACAUCUCGCCACGCCCGCAUCGCUACGUAUUCAUACUCGCCCGCGGCUCUGACAAGAUUGAAGUCCGCCCCGAGGACUUGCGCGAGAUGCAGAAGGUGUAUGCGGCUGCGGCGCAGGGGAAGCAGGGCGAGAUGCAGGAUUUGAAGGACCGAUGGGGAUUUAAUGCGUGGAAGUUGUGUGAGGAGAAGGGGUUGGAGGUUUUGGCUGUGAAUUUCAUGAGGGUGGCGGGGACGCUGGAGAGUAGUGUUGCUAAUGCGGGGAUGAUGGCGCAGGCGGUUGGGGAUAAGGUGCUGGGGAAGUAG